AUGUUGACCCCAGCCGGUACCAAGAACAGCACGACUGGCUAUCAGGCCGCCGAUGCCUUGUUCCGCAUGCUCGGGUCCACACCCGUCUUUUCUCCACCUUCAGACCAAGCCCUUGACACCUGGCUUCGCUCGACCUCACCCCCGGCGCAGCCGUUUGCCUUUGUCAUGCUGCACACAGAGCAUGAGGGUUCGCACGCGAUGGCGGAGCAGGUCAACCGCUUCAACUGUACCGCGGUUCUCACCCAGGAACAGCUCGACCCGCACCGCCAACCCGCAGACCAUUCCGAAGGCGGUGUCAACAGCACCUUGCUCGAGGCGCUUCAGGCCAUUUUCAGUGGCGGCGCUGACGCGGUGGCACAGACGCUUCAGCGGAUGGGGCGGUGCCGCACGGCCGAGUGCAUCGCCGAGUUUAAAGAUCUCAAUAGGGAAGGCGUGUCGAAGGGGGUGCUUCUAAGGGAUCGCACCAAAGGGGUGCUUCUCGUUCAGUUGCACAAGGAGCUUCAGGCCGCGGGCAAGCCAGGCUUGAAGCCGCUCUUCCUGGUACGCUCAGACCUGCUACGCUGGAGCCUCUCGCGGUACGACAGCAAAUGGAGCAGUACCAAGGCCCCGGAAGGCGCUGGCGUGAGUCAAUCUAGCCGCAUGAGCUUGCCCGUGGAGCGGAGAACGUACGACCUCGAGCUCCUGGCCAGGAUAGCAGAGAAAGGCAUCCAGAGCUGGAAGGAGCGUGUGAGCGUCGUGAGGUACUUGCGGCAGCACGGCCUCAGUCCGGAGGUGCUGCUCUACGAGGACUUCCUCGCCACCAGCCCCGACGCGUGGUCUGCUGCGAUACUCGAAAAAGUCAAUGCCGACCCAUGCGAGCCGCACGAGAAGCGUACUGCGCGCGUGCGACGGGUUCGCCAGGGCAACAUACGCGAUUUUGCGGCCAACACAGAAGCAGUCGAGGCCCUCUUCGCUAAAUAUCCCUCUUUAGCCUCGCUCUUCCACGAGGGCCUAACUACGAAUCGGGCGAAGCCAAACGCGAUCACCAUCACCUCAGCAACGUUGACGGCCGAGCGCAAGUCGCUCCUUGAGCGGCUUGGCUUCAAUGUUCUGCGCAUUCCGCCAGUCUAUACCGACAGGAAUUGCGUCCAGCAUCGUGUCCGCCUGAUUGAAGGCGCCGCUUUCCUCUCUCCGACGGGGGCUUACUUCAGGCUGCUAUCCAUCCCUAUGGGCGAGAGCCCUCAAGUCACCGGCAUCUUCGCCGCCCAUGUCCAGGCUCUGCGCGUCGCUUCGAGGUCUGCCGGCCCAUCGAUGAUCAUGGAGAGCGACUGGUCCAUCUCAGAAGAUGAGGCCGAGCAGGCGAAUUCGAGCUUUGCCAGCCGCGCCGCACAACUCGACGAGAUUGUGCAGAGCGUCCACGCUGAUGGCCCCUAUGACUUGGUCUCUGUCGGGUUUUGCCGCUAUGGACGGAAGGCGUCUGUCAUCAAUCUCGCGCACCCGCUGUGCCUCACAGCGUUCAUCGUCCACCCAAAGGUGGCAGGGUACCUUGCUGAGGUUUUGAGCGCGUGCACGUGGAAAAUUCCCAUCGACUGGUUUCCAGCGCUCCUGUGCAACCAGAAGAAGCUGCGCUGCCGCGUUCACUACGAGAGGACGCGAUCUGGCACAUUUGGGCAGGGCAUGUUCCAGCAGCAUCGUACCAAGUAUGGCGGGGUGCACGCCGGCGGGGGCUGGCCAAAGUCCGUCGCUGGCAGGGCCGGCAGAGUCGAGAAUUAUUUUGAGAUUUUCCCGUGCCUAGUAAAGAAGAAGAAAGAACGCAUGCAACAAAAGAAACAAACAAAGAUACCAGCUGACCGCAACACCAGCACGACUGGCUACAAGAACGCGACCAUCGACCGCCGCAGAAAGGAGUUCAAAGUGGAGCUGAUGCUGGCGGCAAGCGUGUCCACCUCGGCUCCUUCGUGCCUCGACACCGCCGAAGAGGCGGCCGUCGCCUACGCUCGCUCAGAGUACGGCCGCGCCGACGCCGCCAAGCUGCUGCAGCCUCGCACUACUCCCACUGCCGCUGGCGCUGAGGCGAUACGGCAGACGGAGAGGGAGGGCCUCACUCUGGUCACCAGCGGCAGCAACAACACCGGCUACAAGGGGCAGUCCGGCAGGCAGUGA